UUUCAUUUGGUGUGAGCGCCAGGCGCGGAUGGAUCCAGCGGCGCAGCUCCUCUCGUUCACGUCCCGUUUCAGUUUAAUGUUUUAUUGCUGUUGUCGUUUUUAUUAUUAUUGAGGCGAAUGUGAGAGGAACGAAGUCUUUUCUGCGCUUGGAGAGGAACGCUUCUGCUCUGGAUCUCUGCUUUCAAAUAAGCCUUCCACUUGUGGAUAGACUGGAGCAAAGGGUCACUGGGCUCCAACGCUCUCCUUCCAUAACUCACAGAGAAAAAUAGACAAAGACACGUUUCUCCAGAGACACCAGCAAACCAUUCUUAACACACUCCUGUGGGUAAACACAAAAGAUCUGAAUAAGACUUCCACUCCAGCACAGGCCCCUUUGAGCAGGAUGAGGGAACCCUGGCGGUACCUGCUGGGCCUGUUCCUCUUGGUAAGCCUAGCCUCCACCCACAGUGCCACCAAUCCCUUUGCAGGGCAGCAGACCCCUCUAGACCCUUGCUAUGAUGAUACUGGAGCAGCCCGCCGCUGUAUCCCUGAAUUCAUCAAUGCUGCCUUUGGUAAGGAGGUGACGGUGUCCAGCGUCUGCGGCCGGCCUCCGUCCCGCUCCUGCAGUGUUGUGGAGCGAGGCGAUGARCGUCCUUCUGUGCGUACUUGCCAAAUCUGUGACGCGUCUGACCCCCGCCGUGCCCACCCUGCUUCUUACCUCACCGACCUCAACUCGGCCCACAACCUCACAUGUUGGCAGUCUGAGAAUCUGAACACCUCUCCACACAAUGUGACUCUUACCCUUUCCCUGGGUAAAAAGUUUGAGAUCACAUAYGUCAGCCUGCAGUUCUGCUCACCACGCUCGGAGUCUCUGGCCAUAUACAAAAGCAUGGACUAYGGCAAAACAUGGAUGCCCUACCAGUUUUACUCCUCACAAUGCCGACGUAUGUACAACAGGCCCAACAAAGCGACCAUCACCAAACAGAACGAGCAGGAGGCCCUUUGUACAGACGGCCACACUGACUUGUACCCACUUUCUGGAGGUCUCAUUGCUUUUAGUACUCUGGAUGGACGCCCCUCUGGUAAAGACUUUGACAACAGCCCGGUUCUUCAAGACUGGGUCACAGUCACCGACAUACGCGUGGUUUUAAGCCGACCACAGCUCCCCAGGGAGCUACUUGGGUCUGGAGGCAACAAUGGAGGAAGGGAUGAUGACCCARUGGCAGUGACCUCAAUGUCGCCAACGUAUUUCUAUGCAGUGGGAGACUUCCAGGUGGGUGGGAGGUGUAAAUGCAAUGGUCACGCGUCACGCUGCCUGAAAGACAAGGAGGGCAAACUGGUGUGUGACUGCAAACACAACACAGAAGGGCCUGAAUGUGACCGUUGCAAGCCCUUUCACUAUGACCGACCGUGGCAGAGGGCCAACGCUCGAGAGGCCAAUGAGUGUCUGCCCAAUGACCUCUGGAGAUGGGCCUCAACUUCCUGCACAGGACUGAGCAGAGCAUGCAACUGCAACCUGCAUGCCCGUCGCUGUCGAUUCAACAUGGAGUUGUACAAGCUUUCGGGCAGGAAAAGCGGAGGAGUUUGCAUGAACUGCCGUCACAACACGGCCGGCCGUCACUGUCACUACUGCAAGGAGGGCUUCUACAGAGACAUGCUUCAGCCGAUCACUCACAGACGAGCCUGCAAAGCUUGUGACUGUCACCCUGUSGGCGCAGCAGGCAAGACGUGCAACCAGACCACAGGCCAAUGUCCCUGCAAGGACGGCGUCACCGGCAUUACCUGCAACCGCUGUGCCAAGGGCUACCAGCAGAGCCGCUCGCCUGUGGCCCCCUGCAUCAAAAUCCCUUUGGUCAACCCGACAGCUGUGGUGAGCAGCACAGAGGAGCCAGCAGAUUGUGACUCUUAUUGUAAACCAGUGAAGGGCAACCUAAAGAUUAAUAUGAAGAAGUAUUGCAAGAAGGAUUAUGCGGUCCAGGUGAACGUGGUGGACAUGGACACAGUUGGGGACUGGGCCAAGUUCACGGUCAAUGUGGUCUCUGUGUACAAAAGCCGAGGCGAACCCCUGAAGCGAGGGGAAAACACCCUAUGGGUCCACAUGAAAGACCUGGCCUGUAAAUGUCCCAAAAUCCAAAUGAGCAAGAGAUUYUUGGUACUGGGUGGAGUUGAAGGAGGAAAAGGGCCAAUGGGAGGUCCGGGAGUUGGGCCUGGAGGUGGGGCUUCCAGUCCAGGAACAGAGCGCACAGGACUGGUGGCUGACAAGAACAGCCURGUGAUCCAGUGGAGGGACAAUUGGACAAGACGUAUGAGGAAGUUCCAACGCAAAGAGAAGAAGGGAAAAUGUGGCAAAGCGUGAUUGGAACACUGCAUUCAGUCCCUACCUCUCACUUCACUUUAGACUUUCAUACAUAUGCCCUGACUGUUUUCCUCUUCCUGAAUCAGUUCUUCAUGAUUGUGGGAACACUGCACAUAAAAAAACUGCAUGUACCUUACCUGUUUCAAGGACCAUGUUUUGUGUAUAUUGUAUAAUUAUUUGCAUUUUGAUUUUUAAGAUUUAUCUUCAGAAUGCCACUUGGUUUUUGUUUCUUUGUCCAGUUGGUUUGCCUUAAAAAGGGACCAUUAAAAAGAGUUUAAUCUUAGACAAAAGCAGGCACCAUUCCCUAAACUAAUGUAGACAGCCGAAAUCCUCACUGGUCCACCUUGUACAACCUGUUUGACCUCUACCUGUUAAGAGUGUAUGCCGACACUUUGUUUUAGUCCUUUAACAUAAUGUAAGACUGAUCACCUUGGUUCAUGCUCGGCUGUUUCUUGAGGAUUUCGUGUCACAGUGAUUGUCACCUUUGAAGGUGCUUUUCAUCAACUUGUUCAACACUUAUCUACAGAAGCUCGACCACCAACAACCUAUCAGCACACAAAAUGGGCCUACUUGCUCCAAGUUUUUGCUAGUGACUUCUUUUGACUGCAUCUAAAACAAAUUCACAUAAGGAACUAAGGGCUCCCAAAGCAUGGACAUUUUCCACAGCAAACCUCAGCAUCACCAUCAUGCUGCCAUAAGACAGUGCUCACAGAAUAAACUCAUUACAUGGGAUCUUUUUUCUACAAGUUCAUAAUAAUGUUUCUUCAUAUAAAAGCUUGUGUUCACAUUUGUCCAUUUCCCACUUGUAUCCUUAUUGGAAAUUAAUCUAUUUAAGCUCUAUUUAGUCACAUUCUAGGCCUGUGAGGCUGUGCCUCUUUGCCUCAUGAGUGAGUUGUAAAGUCAUGCCUCACUGCAUGUUACGUUUUUCUAGACAAGAGAUGAAGUGGCGUGGACAAAUGGCUGGAGUUUAAAAUAAUUUCCAGAGACAUUUUUUGUUUGUUUAAUGGACAAUGUCUUCUUCUGGUUACUGUCUUCCAGAUGUUAUUGUGUGACAAACAUCUUUCUUUGUCUUUAAAUGUCUUGUAUGUACCUGAAGACUGGCAGGCUCCUGCCAAAAUAAGAAACAAUAGUUCCAUUUCAUGCAGUAAAAAGAAAAAAAAAGUAGGGAGAUGGGGGAUAAACAUCA